GUAACGUUCUCGGCAGUUUUCAUAACUUAAGUUGAAAUGUCAAAAUAACAUUGGAAUGCGCACCUCUAGGCCUUUAUGAAUGUUUCUAGGUGUUGAAUACGAUAUUUAAUCUACUGCAGUGCUGAUUUGCCAACAUUAAUCUCAUUCAGUACGAUGAUUCCCAUGCACACUGACCUGUACAUGAACAAGUAGGUCUCGGCCAAAGCUCUGGAAGAUUACAAUUUUGUGGAGCUGCUCUGCCAUGUGAAUAAUUUACCUCAUUUUCUGCUAAACAUGUUUAAAGGAAGAUGUUCUCUGUACAUAUAUCUACAAGACUGUAUAUUAUAAGAAAAUUAAUUUCAUACAUGUAUACUUUAUAUUUGUCAGUUUGUUGUACUUUGUCAACUGCCACGGUAACAUCGUGAUUAUAUGCAACUAGUGUAUGACCGUUUCAGUGUGGAUUUCUUACACUUGUACAUGUAGCUGCAUUCAGGAUGGAUGAAGAUGAAGUCAGGCAACAGGACUUGUCAGCAAUGGACGUGUCAGCAAGUGACGCAUGUUCCACAAAGAACGAAGAGACAGAAGACGACAAUGAUGACCUUACCUACAGUUCCAGUGACAUUGAUUUUGUCAUCGAUGUGCGGAUAAUCACGUCUGAUUCUGAAGGCCACCCACACAGGAGGGGAUCAUUCUAUGGCAACAGCGGUAGUGAAUCGGUAACAGAUGCUGAUGAUUCGCAUAGGUCGGAAUCGGCUCAUAGCUUCGGCAGUGAAUCGAGUGCAGAUGUUAGUGCUCCUGGUUGUCAGAAACCAGAACCGGUACAUAGAAGCAAUAGUGAUGUGGUGGCAUCGCGUAGCAGUAGUGAUAUACUGGUAGUACGUAACAGAAGUAGUGAAGUACUGGCAGUAUGUAACAGAAGUAGUGAAGUACCGACUGGUGCUGACAGUGCUGGUAACAGUCACAGCAAGGAUGGAGCUGGUGUUACUAGUGAAGAAGACUGUAUGGAUGUGGAUUUUGUGGAUGUUGAAGCCAUUGAUGAUGAUGACCCAUCUGCUGAACAGACAGCAGCUGAUGACUUGAAGUCAAGGCUUGGAUUCAUUCAGGAUCAUAUGGGCCUGUGCCUCAAGAAGAAAGUGGUCGGACCAGCGGACGAACCAGAGAGGACUAGUACUACAAGUGUUAAGGAUAAUGAUCAGUCUAGUAAAUGGGCUGUAGUGGAUGACGUUAAUGUGACAAACGAGAAGAAUACGUCUCAUGAGCUAUCCGAUGAUGACGGAUCUGCAGCUGAGUCUUAUGGACCUUUUACUAAACCUAAUGAACUUACAAUAAAGGCUGAUCAGCUUGUAACUAGGCCUGAUGGAGCUACAGUUAAGACUGGUGGGCUUACAUCAAAGGCUGAUAGACCUGUAACUAGACCUGAUGGACCUACAGUUAAGACUGGUGGGCUUACAUCAAAGGCUGAUAGACCUGUAACUAGGCCUGAUGGACCUACAGUUAAGACUGGUGGGCUUACAUCAAAGGCUGAUAGACCUGUAACUAGGCCUGAUGGACCUACAGUUAAGACUGGUGGGCUUACAGCUGAGACUGGUGGGCUUACAUCAAAGGCUGAUAGACCUGUAACUAGGCCUGAUGGACCUACAGUUAAGACUGGUGGGCUUACAGCUGAGACUGUUGGACUUACAUCAAAGGCUGAUAGACCUGUAACUAGGCCUGAUGGACCUACAUUUAAGACUGGUGGACCUUCAGCUAAGACUGGUGGGCUUACAGCUAAGGCAGCAGGGUAUGUUUGUGUUUCUGCGGAAGAACAAACAUCAUGCAUGGUUGAAAUCCAUGAUCAUGAUGAUACUGAAGGUCCAGUAAGUUUUGAUGAUACAUCACACAUGGAUAUACCAGUCGGAUAUGUUGAUGACAAGCAGGAAAUGGAAGGAGAAAAAUCUGAAGGGAGGACUGUAAUUUCUGCUGAUGAUGAUCAGUGUAAAAAAUUGGCAAUAUGCAGCAGUUCUCCCAUUCAUGAUAGAAAUAUUACCAGACCAGAUGGUGAUGGUCUGUUUAGAAACUUGGCAACAUGUAACACUUCUCCAAUUCAUUGUGAAAGUAUGACCUCACCUGCUAGUGAGUAUAGGAACUUAAUAAUGAGCAACAGUUUUUCAAUUCACCAUGGAAACAUUGCCAGACGUCACACAGUGUCAUCACGUGGUGCUGAUAAACUGGACAGUGUCUGUGAGACAUCUGUAUUGACUGAACACAUGAUGGAGGAUUUGCCUGCAGAUAUGGUUCACGAGAUGGAUGAUUUGCCUGAGAAUAUGGUUCACCCUGCCGACAGACAUGAGUCGGACCAAUGUUUGACAUUAGAAAAUAAAUGUUCUGCUGGGGUGAGAUGUACCACAGAUAAACAAGAGUCUGAUCAGUUUUCGGCAUUGGAAAGUGAUACUUGUACUACGGCUGUCGCUAAGACAAAAACAAAAACCUUGUCCGAUAGUAGCGAUGUGUGUCUGGAGUAUGUCGAGAGUAUGGAAUCCGGGGAAGAUGGGAACAACCAGGAAGUAAAGGUGCGUAGACGAGAGAUGUCCGAAGACAUCUUCUCCGACACAAGCCCUACGUCUGACGUUGAUAAGAAUAAUGCUUUUAUCAAUGAACAGUUGCUCAUUCUGAACAGUGAAAGUUCACACCUGAACACAUCCAUUCACCAUUCAGGCUGUAAGAAAACCGAGCAUGCAGACCCUAAGCUUAAGCCAGGGGGAAAAAGACAGCAGACUCCAAAGAAAGGAAAACUUGGCGGAAGAAUAAGAAAGUCUGUCAAGAGAAAGCUUGAAGAGUUUGACUCGACAGAGCGAAGGGCGAAGAAACCUGAAUGUUCCACUAGUGUCGAGAGUGAUUCUGACUCCACUGGUAGCCUGCAGAUUGAUGAAGAGGUAGUCCCUGACGACAAUAUUGAUGAUAAACUGGAAAAGAAUGCGGAAGAAAGGGGUCUGACUGCAACUAAUGUGAAAAAUAUUCUUCAUCAUCUGAUUACAAAUGAGGACGUUGUGGACAUGUUGAAGAACUCUGUGUUGGAGGGUAUGACUAACGACGAAAAAAACAUGGUGGAGGCAGCCUUUGAGCCGAAAAUGACUCGCGCUGCAGUUCGCAAGGCCAUCGAAACAGGACAGGUCCCGAACGUGUGGCCGUUAUCUCCCAUGAAGAAGAAGACCCCGAAGCCAAGUAUACUGGACAUGGAUUUCCCUGAUGACGAAGACGAUGAUGAGUACAACCCGGAAAACGAUGCAGAGGCUCAUGAAAGUGACGAUGACGAGAGUGUAGUGUCGUCUCGCAUCAGUGAAUUUGGUUCCCCUUGUCCUCCAACUCCACUGACGCCUUCGUCAUGUCUCCAGACCACACCAAGUGAGACGCAGUUAUUAUCACAAGAGAAAACAAGUCCGACGGAGACUUCUCCUGAUAGAGCCAGAUCGUUGGUUAUAGGACAGCAGUUCAGACAAGCCAUGCAGUCGAUCAUUAGCUCAUCCGAGUUAGAGAAUAAUAGCACAAUCGCUGAACGAACUAGGUCGAAGUUGCCGCUGAAAGACACGUCGCUGAUCGAGAUUGAAGAGGCGUUGUGCUUCGUGGCCCCGGAUAUCACCCCCGACAUGUACGACACGUACUGUGACGACUCCGACUGGCAGGACUUCAUCCGCUCUCUUAUUGGACCAGAGUUUGAGCAGCCGGACCCGGUGGAGGUUGUGGAUGACGAGGCGACUGACCCCGAGUACGACUACCUGGCUGAGGCCGACACUGUCGUCACCGACCCGGAGGACUUCAGAUUCGACAAACACUUCAGGGUCUCCAAGAAGGAGUUGACUGAGCUGAUGGAUGAACUGCACGUGCUGUUUCCAGAACCUGAUGAUGAAGAUGAAAGGAUAGAAAUUACUAGUGGUCCAGAAGCAUCAGCUCCCAAACCCCUGACUGUGGCCGAGAUGGCUAGAUCAGAAGUCAUGUCUCCACAACUGCACGUUUCUCCAGAGCAGAAACUAAUGAUAGAGGAUCACAUGCGAAAACACAUCCAGCUCACAUGUCAGAUGUAUGUCCUGUGUCUUGGAAGUGAGGACUAUCAGUCCAUGGCCCCUUCCUGUGUCCAAAUAUUGAGGGAGCUGGACCUCUUUAAGACAGUGUCUGUAGCCGGAGUGAAUUCUUCGUUCAACGUGUGCAAUUUGCUGCCAGCACUGGAGCUGAUUGAGGGCGACCACAACUGGAACAUCAGCAAGGAGGUGGAGGAGAUGUCACACGAUGACACUGGCAGCAACGCCACUGACUCAGAUGUCGAGUCCGUCGAUUUGACCAAAUCGAGGAACCCGCAUAAAAAGGUGAUGAAGAAAGGUUCGCUGUUGAUGUCGCAGAAAGACCUGUUGUGGAACAGCCCAGUGUUUCUGUACCCACACCUGCUGUUAAAGAGACGUCUCCUGUCACAGGAUGAAACCUUGGACCUGCGUGUCUGCUUCACCCCAGCUGAAGACAAUCUUAUUGCCCUGGGCAUGGAACAGUUCCAUCGUAUGCCGAUGUACUGCAAAUACAUCCAGAAAUACAUGAUGCCGUGUAAAUCGGUCCAGCAGAUAAAAAUCCACAUUAAAAACUUCUGUGUGAAGAGAGCGGCUGAUAAUCCUAUCAAGUUCUAUCGUAAACACAAGAAGCCACCUGAGUUCCCGUUUGUUAUUGAUCACUUCACACCGGAGAGGAUGCAAGCUCCUAAGGAUCAGGAUAUGUGCCUGUUACCACCAUGGUGCCUCAAAUAUCGUGAGUUUCUGCGCAAAGAAUUUAGAGCUGCUCGAUUAUCGUCCCAAGUGUCGAGAAAGAAACGCUCGUCCAGUCUGUCGUUUGGCGAAGUAGAGGAGUCCGCUGAGCCAAAAAGAUAUUGCCAUUCAGCGCCUGAUUCCCCAGCUAAUAAUGAAUUCUCCUCCGUCUCCCGACAGAAGAAAAAGAGAAAACCUAAAAAGAAUAUCAGGUUAACGGUGGAAGACUUGAACAAAGAUAAACCAGUAACAAUAACGCCUUCGAAACAAGCCACACCCAGAGUGAUUGUCAUGCCUGGUGGUCUCUUUAUUCCCAUCCACAUGGCGUCCAAUGUCCGACAGACCACAACAGAAAGCAUUGUCACGCAGGCUUCUCAAGAUGGUUCAGAGAUUCAACAAGACGUCAUCGGUUCUGAAAACACACCAGAACCUGAACCAGCAGAUGGUCGCACCACCGGCAGCACUCAGACUGUUAGAGGGGUAAUCAGUCUUGUUCCUGGGAAAACCUCUCACUUGACAAUAUCGGUGUCAGAUGCUUGUCAUUCCGAUCCGAAGGAAACGUCUGUGCCUGAACCCGCGGACAGUUCAGCUUGUCAUCAGACUGUUAAAGAGACAUUGAGUGUGGUUCCAGAAAAGAACUCGCAUUUGAUGUUUUCCAUGCAAGAUGCUUGUGAUUCUGAUCCCAAAAGCACAUCAGUGCUAGAAGCCUCAAACAAUUCAGUGAGUCCUGAGAGACAUGAACGAACGGUUAGCCAGCCAAAUUCAGACGAAGCUGGUGAUGAUUCGACCAGAAGAAGUCUGAUGACUACUGAAAUACCUUCUCCAGGACCAGCUGAUGUUGAUCUUUUGACCACAUCAGCUCCUCCGGAGGGCGAUUCUAGUUUUAUCGAUUGCCAGGAACAUCCACAAACAGAACCGGCAGACCCUGAUCCAAACACAUCACCUAUUUGCCCAGUGCCACCAAAUUCUGAUCCAAACACAUCACCUAUUUGCCCAGUGCCACUAAAUUCCGAUCCAAACACAUCACCUGUUGUCACAGAGCUCGUUAAAAACACUGAAACUAGUCCUUCAAAUGUUUUGUCUGCUACUGUAAAAACAAUUCAUCGUCCUGGCAGUCCUACGCUGUGUGUGUCUCCGUUUGUGCCUGUUGGACCUGAAAAGAUCACUUCUCCUUUGUCCUCAAGUGUUGGCGACAUUUUGCUAACGUCCAAUUCUGUGAUAUCUUCUGAAAACAAUUAUGUUGAUGAGCUUUUUACGAAACAGGGCAGUUGUUCAGUUCCAGCUGCUGGUAGCGCCAGUAAGACUGAUACAUCCGAUGGAUUAACUUCAGCUGGUGGUGAUGAUCAAGAGAAUGCACAAAGAGAAUGUCAUGAGCCAGAGAACCUUAUGGAGAGUGAUGACUUUCAGUGUGGUGAGCCAGCUUUGGAGCAGACCUUGCAGACAGAUGCCAGUCCUGAAGGAUCUCACAGUAACACUGAAAAUAAUAGUCAGGCCAGUCCACAGAACCCGUCUUCGACUUGUCUAAAAACUACCAAAUCACCAGCUUCAUCUUGUUUAGAAACUACCAAAUCACCAGCCUCAACUUGUUUAGAAACUACCAAAUCAUCAGCUUCAUCUUGUUUAGAAACUACCAAAUCACCAGCCUCAACUUGUCUAGAAAUUGCCAAAUCACCAGCUUCGACAUUCGAAGAAAAUACCAAAUCACCAGCUUCGACUUGUCUAGAAAAUACCAAAUCACCAGCUUCUUCUGAUCCCUCUGGUAACCAGGAACCUCUUCAGACUGAAUCAGGAUCUGAAAUUAAUGCUAUACCAGUUAGCUCGAACCACGUUCCCACUCAUAUGGAAUCGAGGUCGCCACUAGAAAUCAUCGCAGCACUGUCACCCUACUACGCACAAGCCGUUAUGAAUUCUCCAAAGACAAAAACAUACCAGCAAAAUAUUCUUGAAAAAACACCGACAAAAAAAACUCGACUGAAAACCAUCAAACCAAAGGCUGCAUCUGAGGAGCCUUCUCUUCCAACCAUUUCCCCUUUUCUGGAGAAAAUUCACAAGAGUCCAAAAAGGGCUCAGCUACAGAAACAGGCACGGUCAAUCUUGCCGAAAGGAUUUGUCGUCGUUGACGCUAAAGUCUCUCCGACCAAGAUCGUCGCGCGUGGGUUGAAAAGACGCGCACAGAUGUUCGCCCAGAGAGUUAGUCCGUGUAAACUUUUACCAAAAACGGAAGUUCAGAGAAGCCCGAUAUCAAUUACCCUCGCACCGCGCGAAACAAAACGUAAGCGAACAACGAGAAAACAGAAGAAGAGAACCUCCCGUUCCGUUUACAGCAACGAAAGCGAUUUCUCCGAUGAGCCGUCGGACAUUGAUGAGUUGCACACAGACGGCGAGGUUUCUCUGCGGCGUAGAUCUGCGAAGGAUGGUGUUGACGAUGCCGACAGCAAGCUGGAUGAGAGCGACGAGGUUCCGAGUGAUGAUGCGGCGGGUUUGUCUCAGGACGACAGUCAGACUGAAGACCACCUCGAUGACCUGAUGGCGGCCAGCACAACCAUCAGGUUUACUUCCAAAAAACAUUCUGUUCUGGAUCGUAACAGUCUAACAAAGUCUCAGAAGAAAAGGGAGCUAACUUUGGCGAUGCUAGCUCCUGAUCUGCUAGAAACUGACCCAAGGAAGGAUGAAAAGGAUACAGCGUUUGCACAAGCCUAUUUGAGCCGUGCCAAGCAGGUGCUGAAAGAUGACUUCGACAUAUACGAACACUUCAUACGCUACAUGUAUGAAUUUGGAAAGGGUGGACUGCCGGUGGAAAAGCUGUUUAAUAAGGUCCAGUCUCUGUUUCACAAAUACCCGGAACUAUCAUCGGACUUUGCUGCAUUUCUCUCCCCUCACCAGGCAGUUGCAUGUGGAUGUUUUAUGGCAAACCAAGAGUUCAUCAAGGCUCGGACGUUCCUGCGCAAAUUAGAGAUAUAUUUUGAGAAGCAGCAGAGUCAGUUCCAGCGAGUUCUGAAGGCGUUCCACACGUGGUUCCAGCAGCCGGGCAAGCUGACUAAAGACCUGAAGGAGAGUGUGCAGCCGCUACUCAAGGGACUGCCGUAUCUGCUGGACGAGUUCUCCAUGUUCUUCCCGGAAGACAAGCCUCCAGAAACCAUUAUGGGAGAUUAUGAGGAGGUAACUCUGAAUGACAGUGACCUUGAGGUGGAUGCUGAGAUUGAUAGUGCUGAGGAGAUAGAGAUUCCCGAUGAACUGGAAACCUACCGAACAAAGAGAUGUCGCUGUGAUUGUCAUAGCAAUCCAGCGGACAUUAAACUGCAGAAGCGGUUGCGACAUUGUUAUAACUGCAGUCUGCGGGUGAUUGAUGGCAGGCUGUACUUCCAGACGAGCAGUAAGAAAAUCACCCCAGUCAAGAUCACCUUUCACAAGCCUGUGACAUUACCACGGAAACGAGGUCCCACACCUCCUUUUGACGAGGACGAAGAAUCCGACUUUGAAGUUGCCGACAAGGAGAACAUUAACAUAACGUCCCGACCCCUGAUUGUCUCCCCUUCCACAAGCUCUCAUGCAUCUCCAGCAAAGGCACGGAGAAUUAAGCUAAAACAUGUUUCACAAAAAUCUGGACUGAAGCGCUUUAUGACAUUGAACGAAGUUGCUUCCCAGGAAUCGCCGCAAAAAACCAAAAACUCUUCCUUCUCUUCUCCAUAUCACCAUGACGAUACAGACCAUUUCAUAUCCGAUACCACAGAGUCCCAAACAGCUUCACAGACAACACACUGUAGUGCAGCCACAGCCACAGCCACAGCCACAGCCACAACAGACAGUAAUAACGGCAAUAGUAAUGAAAAUAAAAACAUUUCUCCUUCACACUCAAAUACCCAAGAACGGAAACAUUUUCUAAGUGUAUUUGGUGAUAAUCGAAGUGAGUCAGCAGUUGAAAAUAACACACCUAGGGCUUCAGAACUUUCUCCACCCACUGUGUCUCAGUCUGACAGUCAGCACGCACUUCACGAAAGCAGCUCCCUGCGUGAUGUCUUCGAUUCUUCUACUCAGGUCACGGACCCUUUCCAAUCCUGUACCGAUAUAUUAGCCAGUGCCAUGAGGUCAGCUCACAUAAAACCAUCCGAGGAGUCGAUGUCCAUCGACUUCUUUCAGAAAUUACUUUCAUCCAAUUUCAACCUUUCUGGAAAUAAUUCCCCAGUCAAGCAGCAGAGUGUGGAAAGUACGGAAGGAAGCGGUGACAAGCAGGUGGAACAAGAUGUCAGUGAUGGAACAACAACAACACGGUCUGUGGUGGCUAGUGAUUUAGUUCAGAAGUUUGUCCUGGCUGGUCUGACGCAGUCCAGAAACAGUUCCCCAAGGAAAGAUCCAUCUAACAUUGACUCGGAAUGUGGUAACUCUCAGCAUGUGCAGAUGGCAGUGGAAAUGAUGCAGAAAUUUGCAGAAGCAGGACUCGCAUCUGCCUCACAGUCGAAGACAAGUCUGGUGGACAAAAUGGACAACAGCAGCACACAGCUGGGUUCCAGAUGUAAAGCAGAGCAGGAGUCCGAAGACUCCCAGCACUCGCUGUUGUCCAUAGAGCAGAUGCACAGGUUUCUAGAGGCAGGGCUGAGGUCGAGGACCAGUUCUCCUGUCAAGACAGUUGGUCCUGAUCAGCAAGCACCGACAGAGUCUCUGUCAGAUUCACAGCUGGUAUUUUCAGCAGAAUUUAUUCAUCACCUGUUGGAAAUAUCCAAUUCUGUCAAUAGUUCUCCAUCGAAAAAGACUCUGUCUGUGGUAGAGAAGGAACAGGCUACAAAAAGUAGGUUGGCGGAAGAUGUGAAGAGUGAAUGUUCACAGCAUGCAGUGAAAUCCACAGCUGAGCCAUCAGCAUCGACAUCAAUGUCUUUGAGACAAGGUAAUCAUGAACAAACUUCGUCUAACAAAUAUAUGGACACCAAUAACAGUUGUGAUAUUUGUGAACUUUCUUCUGUUCAGAAAUCUGAGGAUAAUGUUAUGGAAGUAGUUAAUGACAGUGAUGAUGACGAGGAUGAUGAUGAUGAUGUUGACGAGGAUGACGAGGAUGAUGAUGUGGACUCUGAUUUAAGCCAGACCGCCAUCUUACAGGCUGAGAAUGAAACUAGUCCCAGUUUCAGCAGACAGUCCAAGUUAAAGGCAGACUCAAAGAACUUGUCUUCGUCAAGCACUGAAGGAGAUGCUUGUGCAAUGCUGAGUGCUGAGUCAGAUUCCAGCGAAGAACCUUUCCUGGAGACUGAAACUAGCUCGGACAUGGACUCUGAUGACUCCUCGCUGAGUGACCGGGAGAGUGUUACAAGCAAACAGGAGCCGGCUGUUGUCUGGACAAGGGAAAUGGAUAAAGUGCUGAUUCUUAGGUAUAAAAUGAUUGGAGCCAUUGAAGACACCUGCAAGGUUGUUUCAAAGGAACUUAAAGUUGUCACUCCAAACCAGGUUGCUGAGAGAUUUUCUCAAAUGACGGCAAUAAUUGAAGACACUGAAGAAGAUUGGGACAGUGACAGCAGUUAGAGCAUGUUACUUUAUUCACAUAUCUAAUGGACAUGAUACAGUCAAAAUGAAACAAUUUCAUUUCUUUCAAGGAGAAAUUCAACAAUUCGGGUCACAAUAAUGCAAACAGUUUUUGAAACUACAUGCAUGACCAUGUUUUAUGAAAUUAUCCUUUCUCCGUUCAUAUUAUCCAACAGUUAUCAUCAGUUUUUGCUAAGAUUUUUUUGUUUAUUUUCUGCAAACUCUAGAAUAGUUUGCUAACUUGUGUUAAACAAGUAAGUAAUUAUUUCCAGAUUCUGUAAGACGGUAUUAAUGCUAAUUGUUUUUGGUGGGUUUUUUUAUUAUUAAUUUUUUUAUUUUAUUUAUUAACAACUUAUGGGGCCAUCCAUAAAGUAUGUACAAACAAACAAAAAAAUCUUUUUUUUAAAACUCCUUUCCCUCAUGUACACCUUUGUUUCACUUGACAUCCCCACAUCCCCUUUUACACUCUCCUACGUAAUGCCCAAACCCAUCCCCUCCCGUCUGGGUAUACACACUAUAUGGAUGACUCUUAUAUAUGUACUGGUAUGUGGUUUCCUGUCUGUGGGAAAGUGCAUAUAAAAGAUCCCUUGCUGCAUUAGGACAAAUGUAGCGGGUUUCCUUUGAUGACUACGAGUCAUCCUUACCCAAUGUUUGACAAUGUGCUCUAGUGGUGUCAUUAAACAAAACAAGCUCUUAUAUAUUAUAUAUAUAUAUAUAGUCAAACCUGUGUAAAUCAGCCACCGGAGUACAAAAAAGGCUGUUAGGUAGCUGGUUAAUACAGGUAAAUGUAUGGGGGAAUGGUACGGUGACCUUUAAGAAGGUAGAUGCUUGAUAGAUUACUUGGUACCUUAUUAAAUCAUUUACAAAGUUAAAACGGUAAUGUGGCAGAUUGAACUGUAUCAUUUUGAAAAUAAAACUUUGAUAUGUUUAGACAAUACAGGAAGCAUUCCUGUAUUCAUUUGUUCUAUUAAUGUUGGAUAGUCUUUAGUUUGUACAAAUUAUAGCAAUGCAAGCUGUUGGAGAUUGUACAUAUACAUUUUCAGUGUAUACACUUAACAAAAAUUGAAAUAUAUGAUCUUACAGGAAACAUUUACUAUGAAACUAAAUAUGACAAAUUAAUCAAGACAUAGGGGAAAUCGUUCUGUUUAAAGCACUUCCAUAGGGAUAGCUCUGGGAACUCUCCAAAUUCGCCAAUUGCGAAGUUCAAAAACAGUUAGCAAAUUUUAUAUUUGGUGAAAUAAUUUCAUGAAAUAAAUGAUAUUUUGUUAAAAAAUAACUGUUUUUCUGCAAUUUUUGAAGUUUAGUAGAUAAUUUGGUGAUUUGUUCUGCUGAGCCAAAGCUAGCCCUGCUGAUGGAAGUUCCAUCAUAAUAACACGUUAUCAUUUUAAUCAGUGUUCUGUAAUCAUGUUCACCUAGUGCAUAUAUGAAACUGGUAGGUAAUAUAAGUUUAAAUAGAUAUCGGUUAGUGCUAAGCAAGCUGGAAUAUAUAUAUGGUAGCUGUUACUGGAUGAGAGGUUGGGUUAUUUAUAAAACAAGUAUUUUUCUUAUAAAAUAUUGUAACUGACAAUUGCUUUUGUAUCAAUUUGGGCUUUUUGCAAUAGUUCAUCAAUCGUGUCCAUUAUCUGAGAUUAAGUAAUUGAAGAGACAAAUGUUGUCAUGAAUUGUACCAUUUAUGCUAUAUUUAUUAAACACUGAACAAAA